AUGAACUGUGCAAGAAAGCAAGUGUGGACAAGAAAAGAGAAACAAGUUGACAAAGGCAAAGAGAUAGCCUCCACUGUUGAAGUUGGCAAAGAAAAGGAAAGUGACAAGGUUGAUCAAAGAACUGUUGAUAAUGGAAGCAUAAGCAACCAGAUGAUGGUCUGUGAGACUGCUAUCACUGAGCUUCAUACCACCACCCCUGCUCCUCUGAACAUUGAUGGUAUACCAAUUGGGCAACUAAGGAAAAAGCACAAGUCACCAAAUAGAGAGCAAUUCCAAGUAAACCAAAAGCUUAAACUGUUGAAGUAUGAUUUCAAGAAUUAUAACAGAGCUCAGGUUGGUGAUGUUACUGCUAGAGCUAAUGAAGCAAGAAUUGUUCUAGCCGACUGCCAGAGGAAACUUGAUGAAAAGCCCUUGGACCAUGAUCUUAGGACUCAAAGAAGGAGUUGCUUAGGACAUUCGUUGAGGCAAUAA